AGCAGGGGAGGGGGCCAGGCAGGCAGGAUUGUAGUUGGGCUGUUUGGCUGAUGAAGGGGGUCAGCGUAGGCAUGUGUCAUCGUCGAGGUAGGCUGGGAAGGGGAGGGCUGUGCGUGGAGGGGGAGGAUAUAUAUGCUGGCGUGGCUGACACAGAGGAACAAGCCUCACAGCUGAGAGAACCCGGUGACGGACAGCGCCAGCCUCUUGCCCCCUGCUGCUACACCAUGAAAAUCCUGUUCUGCGACAUUCUGCUGCUCAGCCUGCUCUCCAGCGUGUUCAGCAGCUGUCCCAGGGACUGUCUGACCUGCCAGGAGAAGCUCCACCCAGGUCCAGAAAGCUUCAACUUGAAGGUGUGCAUCCUCCAGUGUGAAGAGAAGGUGUUCCCCCGCCUUCUCUGGACUGCAUGCACCAAAGCCAUGGCCAGUGGCCCCGGGCAGCUCGACCCCGCUGACCCAGACCUCGUGUCAGCUGCUCUUUACCAGCCAAAAGCCUCGGAGAUGCAGCACCUGAAGCGAAUGCCCCGCGUCAGGAGCUUGGUGCAAGCGCGAGAGACAGAGCCAGGCGCAGAGGACGUUGAGGAGGUGGAGCAGAAGCAGCUGCAGAAGAGGUUUGGGGGCUUCACUGGGGCCCGGAAGUCGGCCCGGAAGUUGGCCAACCAGAAGCGGUUCAGUGAGUUUAUGAGGCAGUACCUGGUCCUGAGCAUGCAGUCAAGCCAGCGCCGGCGCACUCUGCACCAGAAUGGCAUCCGGGUGAUCCCCAGAACAGCAUGUGUCCACACCCAGACCUGCCGGCCGGGAGCCAGGAGUCCUUCUUUCCCGAGGCACUGAGCACCCACAGCACCUCCCUGCCCAGUUGUUGCCCUUCCCCAUGGCAUGUUUCACCACCACCCUGUUGCUACAUCAGAGUGUAUUUUUGUAAUUCCUCCAGCUAACAUUUUAAUGGCCCCAUCUCCUCACUCACCUUCUGCCCAAUUCCAGGGCCAGGUGAGAGGAAUGUGAAAUCAGACCUGGGGUUUUGCCUCGUCACUGCCAUAACUUGUUUGUAAAAGAGCUGUUCUUUUUGACCGAUUGUUUGAGACAACUUUCUCCAUUAAACUUCUACUGAGCA